AUGGGUGAAUUUACCACCCUUUCCUUCCUAACCCUCCUCAUCUCAACUCUAUCCUUUGCAGCUCGCACUGUUCCUAACGAGUCCGUUGCAAAAACCCAACCUCAGGCCUUUAUUGAAACGGAGCAGUCUACCGAAGCUUUUGAAGUUGAAGAUAGGUGUGAAGGAAUUGCUGAAGACGAUUGUUUAAUGAGAAGAACUCUUUCCGCUCAUCUCGACUGUAUCUAUACUCAGAACCACAAGCCAUGA